GUUGCUCUAAUGUCAGAAAAUUCAAUAUAAAGUCUAUUCUACUGUUGGAUUGAGACUUGAAGGUCGACUAAAAUAAAGAAAUUCCGAGUGUUCUCAUCAAAAUGACUUUGGCAACAUGUUCGAAAGAUUUGAAACUAUAUAAUUGGCCAGAAAUCACCAUCGCAGGAUUUUACGAAACGCCUGAGGAUUGCGUGGCCAUAAAAACAAUUUCGUGGAGCAACGAUGGAAAAUCGUUGCUGGUUGUUAAGGAUAAACAAAACCCUUUCAUCCUCUCGGUUUCUUCAAAAGUUGAAAAAAGGUUGGAACUCACUUCUAUACUGAAAACUAUAUCUGCAAGAGCCGGAGUAUUUUCGAACACGAGUAAGGCAUCUAUGGCUUUCGGGAGACUAGACGGAACUGUUUGCAUUUACGACCUGAAGAAAAAGAGAAUAAUCAAUGAAUACCAAGCGGUUACGUCUUCAGUGAAUUUCAUGGAUUUCUCUUACGAAGACACCUGUCUCGCAGUAGGAUGCGCUAACGGGCAAGUCGUCUUGUACACGUCGAAUCCGCAGCCCUGCGCCUGUUACAUUGUUCCUUAUUCAAAUUCCCUCUCUGCCAUGGCGUUCAAUAAAAUUCAGUCAGAUUUGUUAGCAAUGGCAAGCAAAGAGGGAACAAUGAGCGUUUGGAAUACUGCGGAAGGAGUCACAUUAGUCACCGGGAGAGAUCACGCUGGAACGAUAACAGAUCUAGAAUUUCACGGAGAAAAUAUAACAACUGUAGGAUUAGAUGGAAAAUUCAUAUAUUAUGAUCUCAGAAGCAGUGAAUACGUAUCCUGUUGUAAUCUGAACGUCCCAAUAUCUGGAUUGGCUCUUUUACAUAAUUCUUAUGAAAUGGCGAUCGGUACGAUUGAUGGCCAGUUAAGAUCGUACGACCGGAGAAAAAUAACCUCGCCAAUAAAUACAGUUGUUGCCUACAACGGUUCAGUGCGAAAAAUAUGUUUCCAACCUUCAUCGACAUCUCCUAUAAGCAGUAGACCGACGACUAAAGGUAGCGAUUUAGUGGAAAUGAAAAACCCGAGACGCAGUAUAGAGCUGGCAAGCAAACCUCCGCCGGCUUCAGCAGGGGAUUUCAAUCCCAUCUUUUCACCCUUCAGCAGUACAAUAAUGUCAAUUGCAGGCGAGAUGAAAAAUCUGGAAAAUAUAUAUUUGCACGAAAUGCUUCCGCCAAGCGCCUCUCAAAUAGAUAUUCAAAAGAAUUCCAUUUCCUGCGAGGAAUUGAACAGAUUCGCAUCAGACUUGGACUUAUAUCUCAAACAAUAUAAAAACAAAAUUGAAGAUAAGAUGUUGGCGGAGUUUUAUCAACUGAGGAUAGAAAUGAGUAAGCAGUUCAUCGAAUUGCAAGACAAAAUAACGAGAAGUUGGGAUGGUUUCAUGCACUACUUGAAGACGUUGAACGAGGAAGACAUGCGUAGUGAACAUUCGAGUAGCGUAGAAACUUUCAGACACGCAGUUUCCGAUAUCAAAAGCAGUGAAACGAAGAAAUCGAGAAAGAAAACGUGAUCAUACAUGCUCACAACAUUGCAAUCUCAGAUGUGAGAAGAACUGUGCACUUCAUUCAAUUUGCAUUAGGUAUGAUAUCAAUGUUUAAUGCUAAUAUAAAUAUCGAGUUUUC